AUGUCGGGAUACCCAGGCGGUGGUCACCACGACCAGUAUGACGAUGGCUACGGCCGUCAGCCUCAGGGAGGGAAUCAGCAAGGUGGAAACACUGACUCCUACUACCAAGAUGAUCAGUAUUAUGACCAGGGUUACGACAACCACGGUCGCAAUGAGGGCUACUAUGAUGAAUCUGGCUACUACAACGCCGAUCCCAACAACCCUUACCACCAAGACGGAGGCUACUACGAUGGCCACGACCAGUACCAGGACGACUACUAUGGUAAUGGCAAUGGCAAUGGCCAAGGCCAAGGCCAGGGCGGAUAUUAUGACCAGGACUACGACCGGGGCUACAACGGCCAGGGUGGUCGCCAUGGCUCCGAGGAGGAUUCCGAGACCUUUAGUGACUUCACCAUGAGAUCCGACAUGGCCCGCGCUGCUGAGAUGGAUUACUAUGGUCGAGGCGAUGAGAAUUAUAACGGUUACAGCGAUGGCCAACGUGGCUACCGACCUCCUUCGUCGCAAAUCUCCUAUGGUGGCAACCGCUCUUCCGGCGCCUCUACUCCCAACUAUGGAAUGGAUUAUGGAAAUGUCCUUCCGGCUGGCCAACGCUCCCGAGAGCCCUAUCCCGCCUGGACCUCCGACGCUCAGAUCCCAUUGUCCAAGGAAGAAGUGGAGGACAUCUUUCUCGACUUGACCUCCAAAUUCGGUUUCCAGAGGGAUAGCAUGCGCAAUAUGUACGACCACUUCAUGAUUCUCCUCGACUCGCGAGCCUCCCGCAUGACCCCCAACCAGGCUCUUCUUUCGCUCCACGCCGAUUACAUUGGUGGUGACAAUGCCAACUACCGCAAGUGGUACUUUGCUGCUCACCUCGAUCUUGAUGAUGCUGUUGGCUUCGCCAACGCCAAGGGGCUCAAUCUGAAGCGCAAGGGCAAGAAGAAGAAGAAGGAACCCGCUGCCAACGAGGCCGAGACCCUGCAGGACCUGGAGGGCGACGACAGCCUCGAGGCUGCCGAGUAUCGCUGGAAGACUCGCAUGAACCGCAUGUCUCAGCACGACCGUGUUCGCCAGAUCGCCCUGUACCUGCUAUGCUGGGGUGAGGCCAACCAGGUUCGAUUCAUGCCUGAGUGUCUGUGCUUCAUUUUCAAGUGCGCCGACGAUUACCUCAACUCGCCUGCUUGCCAGGCUCUCGUUGAGCCGGUUGAGGAGUUCACCUAUCUUAACAACGUUAUCACUCCCCUGUACCAGUACCUCCGAGACCAGGGUUACGAGAUUCUUGAUGGCGUUUAUGUUCGUCGCGAGCGUGACCACAAGAAUAUUAUCGGUUAUGAUGACUGCAAUCAGCUCUUCUGGUAUCCUGAGGGUAUUGACCGCCUCGUCCUGCAGGAUAAGAGCAAGCUCAUCGAUGUGCCCCCCGCCGAGCGAUACAUGAAACUGAAGGACGUCAACUGGAAGAAGUGCUUCUUCAAGACGUACAAGGAGUCUCGCUCUUGGUUCCAUUUGAUCGUCAACUUCAACCGUAUCUGGAUCAUUCAUCUGACCAUGUUCUGGUUCUACACUUCCCACAACGCCCCGACUCUCCUCGUCAAGAACUAUGAGCAGCAAGUCAACCAGUCUCCACCCACAAGCAAGGCGUUCUCUAUCGUUGGUUUUGGUGGUGCAAUUGCCUCUCUCAUCCAGCUUAUCGCGACUAUUGCUGAAUGGGCCUACGUUCCUCGACGCUGGGCUGGUGCUCAGCACUUGAUGAAGCGAUUCUUCUUCAUCCUCCUGGUUUUUAUCCUGAACGUCGCUCCCGGUGUUGUUGUAUUUGGGUUCUCGAGCAAUCUCAAGGAGAGUAUCCUCAAAAUCAUUGGUAUUGUUCACUUCAUCAUCGCCAUCAUCACGUUCAUCUUCUUCUCCGUCAUGCCUCUUGGUGGAUUGUUCGGCAGCUACAUGAGCACGAAGACUCGUCGCUAUGUAGCUAGUCAGACUUUCACUGCCAGCUGGCCUGUGUUGAAGGGAAAUGACAUGGCCAUGUCUUACGGAUUGUGGGCUGUUGUCUUCGGUAUCAAGAUGGGUGUCUCGUACACUUAUCUGAUCCUGUCCUUCCGUGACCCUGUCCGAUACCUGGCCAUUAUGAACGUGGACAGCUGCCUGGGCGACAACCUGCUAUUGAAGGGAGAACUUUGCAAGUGGCAUCCCACCAUUGUCUUGGCUCUGAUGGCUUUCACCGACGUCAUCUUCUUCUUCCUCGAUACCUAUCUGUGGUAUGUGUUGCUCAACACGCUCAUGUCGGUUGCCCGAUCUUUCUACAUCGGUUCUUCUAUCUGGACUCCCUGGAGAAACAUCUUCUCUCGCCUGCCCAAGCGUAUUUACUCCAAGGUCCUCGCUACAACCGACAUGGAGAUCAAGUACAAGCCUAAGGUUCUCAUCUCGCAGAUCUGGAACGCUAUUGUCAUCUCCAUGUACCGCGAGCAUCUCUUGGCCAUUGACCACGUUCAGAAGCUGCUCUACCACCAGGUUCCUUCGGAGCAGGAGGGCAAGCGAACUCUCCGUGCUCCCACCUUCUUCGUGUCGCAGGAAGAUCACUCCUUCAAGACCGAGUUCUUCCCCAGCUACAGCGAAGCUGAACGCCGAAUUUCCUUCUUCGCCCAGUCUCUGUCCACCCCCAUGCCGGAGCCCGUUCCAGUUGACAACAUGCCGACCUUCACUGUCAUGAUUCCCCACUACAGCGAGAAGAUUCUCCUGUCGCUCCGUGAGAUUAUUCGUGAGGACGAGCCCUACUCUCGUGUCACCCUCCUUGAGUACCUCAAGCAGCUUCACCCUCACGAGUGGGAUUGCUUCGUCAAGGAUACCAAGAUUCUUGCCGACGAGACCUCGCAGUACAACGGCGACGAGAACGACAAGGGCGAGAAGGACACGGCCAAGAGCAAGAUUGACGACCUUCCCUUUUACUGCAUCGGUUUCAAGUCUUCGGCUCCCGAGUACACUCUCCGCACCCGUAUCUGGGCCUCUCUCCGCUUCCAGACUCUGUACCGUACUAUCUCUGGUUUCAUGAACUACAGCCGUGCCAUCAAGCUUCUCUACCGCGUUGAGAACCCCGAGGUUGUUCAGAUGUUUGGAGGCAACACGGAUAAGCUCGAGCGUGAGCUCGAGCGCAUGGCCCGUCGCAAGUUCAAGAUUGUUGUCUCGAUGCAGCGCUACUCAAAGUUUAAGAAGGAGGAAAUGGAGAACGCCGAAUUCCUUCUCCGCGCUUAUCCUGACCUUCAGAUUGCUUACCUGGACGAGGAGGCCCCUACCGCCGAAGGCGAGGAGCCCAAGCUCUACUCCGUCCUGGUCGAUGGUCACUCUGAGAUCAUGGAGAACGGCAUGCGUCGACCCAAGUUCCGUGUUCAGCUCUCUGGUAACCCCAUUCUCGGUGACGGAAAGUCCGACAACCAGAACCACUCCAUCAUCUUCUACCGUGGAGAGUACAUCCAGCUCAUCGACGCCAACCAGGACAACUAUCUCGAGGAGUGUCUCAAGAUUCGCAGCGUUCUUGCCGAGUUCGAGGAGAUGAAGACCGACAAUGUUUCUCCCUACACCCCUGGUGUCAAGAAUGAAGUCCGAUCUCCCGUUGCUAUCCUUGGUGCUCGCGAGUACAUUUUCUCAGAGAAUAUUGGUAUUCUUGGUGACAUUGCCGCCGGAAAGGAACAGACAUUCGGUACCCUCUUUGCUCGAACUAUGGCUCAGAUUGGUGGCAAGCUGCAUUACGGACAUCCCGAUUUCCUCAACGGUGUCUUCAUGACGACGCGUGGUGGUGUGUCCAAGGCUCAGAAGGGUCUGCAUCUGAACGAGGAUAUUUACGCCGGUAUGACUGCCCUUCUCCGCGGAGGACGUAUCAAGCAAUGCGAGUACUUCCAGUGUGGUAAGGGUCGUGAUUUGGGUUUCGGUUCCGUCCUCAACUUCACAACCAAGAUCGGCACGGGUAUGGGCGAGCAAUUCUUGUCUCGCGAGUACUAUUACCUCGGCACUCAGCUUCCUCUGGAUCGUUUCCUCUCCUUCUACUACGCCCAUCCCGGUUUCCAUCUGAACAACAUGUUCAUUAUGUUCUCGGUUCAGAUGUUCAUGAUUACUCUUGUCAACCUGGGAGCCCUCCGUCACGAGACCAUUGCUUGCAAGUACAACCGAGACGUGCCUAUCACCGACCCUCUCUUCCCCACUGGUUGUGCCAACACUGAUGCGCUCACGGACUGGAUCUACCGCUGUGUUGUCUCGAUUCUUUUCGUCCUGAUUCUCUCCUUCAUCCCGCUUAUCGUCCAGGAGUGCAUGGAACGUGGUGCUUGGCGCGCUGCUCUCCGCCUCACCAAGCAGUUCUCGUCGCUCUCUCUCAUGUUCGAAGUUUUCGUCUGUCAGAUCUACGCGAACUCUGUGCAGCAGAACGUUUCGUUUGGUGGUGCGCGAUACAUUGGUACCGGUCGUGGUUUCGCCACAGCUCGAAUUCCCUUUGGUGUCCUCUACUCUCGAUUCGCAGGCCCCGCCAUCUACUUUGGAGCUCGACUUCUCAUGAUGCUUCUCUUUGCGACGCUCACAGUUUGGAAGGGCGUUCUCAUCUACUUCUGGCUCACUCUGCUGGCCCUGACCAUCUCCCCUUUCCUGUACAACCCCCAUCAGUUUGCCUGGAACGAUUUCUUCAUCGACUACCGAGACUACCUCCGCUGGCUUUCACGUGGUAACUCGCGAAGUCAUGCUUCGUCUUGGAUCUCGUACUGCCGACUCUCGCGAACUCGCAUUACGGGUUACAAGCGCAAGACUCUGGGCGACCCCUCAGCCAAGAUGUCAGCUGACGUCCCCCGAGCUCCGCUUGCUAACAUCUUCUUCAGCGAGAUCUUUUCGCCCCUGAUGCUGGCUGUUGUGACGAUUCUUCCCUAUCUGUUCAUCAACGCCCAGACUGGUGUUGUGGCGAGGAUCCAGCCCGAUGAUGUCAAGACCAAGAUCCAGCCGACUGACUCGCUCAUUCGACUGCUCAUCAUCUCAUUCGCCCCCAUUGGUGUUAACGCAGGUGUCCUUGCCGCUAUGUUCGGUAUGGCCUGCUGUAUGGGACCAGUGCUUAGUAUGUGCUGCAAGAAGUUUGGCAGUGUCCUUGCCGGUAUUGCGCAUGCCACCUCCGUCAUCUUCCUCCUCAUCUCCUUCCUGGGCAUGUUUGUUCUUGAGGGCUUCAACUUUUCGCGAACCAUGGCUGGAAUGAUCGCCGCGACCGCGAUUCAGCGAUUCUUUGUCAAGCUUAUCGUGUCCUUGGCUCUGACUCGUGAGUUCAAGUCGGACACGUCCAACAUCGCCUUCUGGACCGGAAAGUGGUACUCGAUGGGAUGGCACAGCAUAUCUCAGCCUGCCCGAGAAUUCCUUUGCAAGAUUACCGAGUUGUCCAUGUUCUCAGCCGACUUUAUUCUGGGCCACUGGCUCCUCUUCUUCAUGGCCCCUGUCAUCUUGAUCCCCAAGGUCGACAUGCUGCACUCUAUGAUGCUGUUCUGGCUUCGUCCUAGUCGUCAAAUUCGACCUCCUAUCUACUCGAUGAAGCAGUCCAAGCUUCGCCGCAGACGCGUGAUCCGCUAUGCCAUCCUCUACUUCACCCUGCUGAUCGUGUUCAUCGCGCUCAUUGUCGGACCCGUGGUUGCCGGCAAGUACGUGGGAGAUGCCAUCUCGUCAUCACUGGGCGGCCUUGGCUUCAACCUGGUGCAGCCCACGGAUCUCGAGAACAACGACACCAACAGUACGUCGCAGACUGGUACUGGAAUGCCAGGCUACACUGGAGCUGGCAAGUCCAAGACAACUGGUGCCGACGCCUCGGUCACGGCCAAGAUCAAGCUGUUUUAA